AUGAGGAUUAUUGCACUUCCCUUACCCAAGCAAAGGGUUUUCCUACACUGUUAUCCAUCAGAAUUACUUUUGAAAAAAGUUACAGUCCAUGAUAGAAUACUAAAUCGUAUCUACAAUACUUGGGAUGCGUGGAGCAAGUCGAAAAGCUUCAUAAAACAAAAGACAGUUUCGUUUGGAAACAGUGUAUUACACCGUGUACCUCAUGAGGAAAGCUUUUUAAGAUCAGUAUCAACGGCUAAAAAACUCAACGACAAGGAAUUUUAUUCUACGAUUGUUAUAGAGCGACCGGAUUCCUUAGAGCCUAGCGAAAUACUCCAAGAGCUCAUUCGACUACAAGAAAUGAAACAACUACACCGAAAGAAUUUCAUUGCUAACAUUAUAGGGCUUCCUCUAACUAUUCCAUUUAUCCUAAUUCCCAUCAUUCCAAAUGUACCAGGUUUUUAUUUAUGCUACCGAGCAUAUUGCAACUUUAGAGCUUUGAUGGGGACUUCACAAAUUACCCGUCUACUUCAAUCAAAAGAUCUUAAAAUUCAGAGUAAUGAAAAACUUGAAUUGGCUUAUCGUUCCUAUUUGAAUGGUGACCACCACAAAUUAAAUGAGGCCGUGGGCCACCAAGAAUUUAGUGAUCGAUACGAAAGAGCUUUUAAGCAAGAGUGUAAUUCUUCUAAAAAUCAUUAA